AGAUGAGGGGAGAAUCGUUCUUCAUCGGCAUGAGGAGCCCGGGGCAGCCUGUGCACAUCUCGGAGGAUGGAGGGCUUUUGCUACUCUGCUGCAUCGACAGAGACUGGGCUGUCACCCAGUGCUUCGCUGAGGAAGCCUUUCAAGCCAUCACCGACUUCAACGACCUCCCCAACUCCUUGUUUGCGUGCAACGUGCACCAGUCUGUGUUCGAACGGGAGGAGAGCAAGGAGAAAUUUGAGGGCCUUUUCCGGACUUACGAUGACUGCGUGACAUUUCAGCUCUUUAAGAGUUUCAGACGUGUCCGAAUAAACUUCAGCAAUCCUAAAUCUGCAGCCCGAGCCAGGAUAGAACUUCAUGAAACCCAGUUCAGAGGGAAAAAACUAAAGCUCUACUUUGCUCAGGUGCAGACUGCAGAGACGGACGGCGACAAACUGCACCUGGCCCCACCACAGCCCUCCAAACAGUUCCUCAUCUCACCCCCUGCGUCGCCUCCUGUGGGCUGGCAGCCCAUCACUGAUGCCACGCCCGUCCUCAACUACGACCUCCUCUAUGCGGUGGCCAAACUAGGACCAGGAGAGAAGUAUGAGCUCCAUGCAGGGACUGAGUCCACCCCCAGUGUGGUCGUGCACGUAUGUGACAGCGACAUAGAGGAAGAUGAGGAUCCAAAGACUUCUCCAAAGCCAAAAAUUAUCCAGACCCGGCGUCCCGGCCUGCCGCCCCCUGUGUCCAACUGAGCACAGGCGCCACCUUGAGGAUGAUUAAGCUCCAUCUCCCCUUUGUCAUGCUCCCCACCUGCCCCAUUGUUUGUUUGUGGGAAAAAAACGCCUUUAAAUCCCGGGGUGUUUGGUUGUUUGCGAUUGUAAUCAAGCCUAUCGGACAAAAGGGCUAGGGAAAGGUGACCUGUUUCCUGAUCAUAUCCUGCUCCAUCACGUGUCAUUCAUUCUCUGGAAGGUUCUAGAGGAUUAAAAAAACUAAACAAAACAUUUUCUUAUCAAA